UAUAAACGGGAACGACUCUGGUUAAAACGAGAGGGCGACCUGCUUGUUUACUUGACCGGUCGUGAUGUGUUCCUAUGGCACGUGCUUGAUGUUAAGCAUGUAUUUAACACCAUCAGUCGGAUUCAACACUUCAGCCAGGCUGAAGCUGUAGUAACCCCCAUCCACUGCUAGACUUCAGAACCUCAACAGGAUGGAUAACCUUUCAGCUUCAUCGUUCGCAUCCAACCUCACGCUUGGAGAUGUCCCACCUCCUUCGAUGUCUAUCGAUAAGCUUUUCCCCGCUCUGCUUGAGUGUUUUGGGAUCAUAUUGUGUGGCUAUGCAGCUGGUCGGGCUAACAUAAUCACCUCCACUCAGGCUAAAGGCCUGGGAAACUUUGUGUCAAACUUUGCCCUGCCAGCAUUGCUGUUUAAGAACAUGGUGCUGCUGGACUUUGGCAAUGUCAUCUGGCCAUUUCUGUGGAGCAUUCUUGUAGCCAAAUUGACUGUCUUCCUUGCUGUGUGUGUACUGACAUUACUGGUGGCCAACAAGGAGAGCCGGUUCUCCAAAGCUGGUCUCUUCUCCAUAUUUGCCACCCAGAGUAAUGACUUUGCUCUGGGAUACCCAAUAGUUGAAGCGCUAUAUAGAAACACCCAUCCUGAAUAUGUUCAGUACAUCUACCUGGUGGCUCCAAUUUCCCUCAUGGUUCUAAAUCCUAUAGGAUUUGCAUUCUGUGAGGUCCAGAAGUGGCAGCAAGAGAAUGGGCAGCAGCAGAGCAAGUUACAUGUGGUUGGGGUUGUGUUUCUUCACGUGCUCCGGAACCCUAUCGUCUUCAUGGUGGUGGUCGGGAUUGCUUCACACUUCGUCCUGGGCCCAAAGAUCCCAGCGUUUUUGCAGGAGUUUGUUGACGGCUUGGCAAACUCUUUUGGAGGAGCAGCACUGUUCUAUCUGGGUCUGACCAUGGUGGGGCAACUGAAGAAGCUGACAAAGUCUACUGUGGUGGCCCUUAUACUACUCAUCACUGCCAAACUCCUGGUGAUGCCACUAAUUUGUAGAGGUAUGGUUGAGGUUUUGGACUGUGGGAAUACCAGCUCUCUUAAUCACAGCAGUCUCUCCAACUAUGCUUUUCUUUAUGGAGGCUUUCCCACUGCACCCAGUGUGGCUAUAUAUGCUGCUCACUACAACAUGGAGCUACAGGUGGUGACCUCAGGGAUGGUGAUAAGCACAUUCCUGUCUGCUCCUAUCAUGUAUGUCUCUGCCUGGCUGCUGACCAUUCCCUGGAUGGAUCCCAAACCACUGGAGUCUGCCCUCCAGAACAUAAGCUUUAACAUUAGCAUCAUCAGCCUGGUCGCACUUGUAUGGUGUGUGGCUGUGAAUAUAAUGAGUAAGAAAUUCCGCAGGCUUCCCUACAUGUUUACAGUUAAUCUGUUUGUGGCACAGUUGGGGGUAUGUGUUGGUAUGAUUGCUUGGAAUUUCAUAGUGAUGAAAGACAACUUCAUGGCUCAGGUUCUGACCUUUGCUCUGCUCUAUGGCUCACUCUACAGUACUUACAUUUGGCCAGGUCUGAUAGCACUCUCUCUGUUCCUGCUGAGAAAGGAUGAUAAGUCAAAGUUCCAGCCUGGUUUUAUAAUUCUAACUGGUUGGGGAGUACCAGUGGUGGCAGUGAGUGUCCUACUGAUGGUGGGAGAGAAGAUGCCGGACACAAUCGACUCUGCUUUCUUUUUUGGAACAUCUCAGGUAGUGUUUACAGCAGUGGUGCUCUGUGUGGGCAUAACUUUAGCAGGAAUCUCUCUCACGCUGCUCAGCAGAGGCACACAUGACUAUCAGACCCUCGAACGGGGGUCAGUAAACAGCACAGCUGAGGAUCUGAGGAAUGAAAACUGCAUACAAACACAAAGCGUCGUUGAGCAGGCAGUCACAGAGGAUUGUAACAGCAGAGAGUGUCAGGACUGUGAGUGUAAUCGGACCUCGCCUAAUAUGGUUCCUGACAGCAUUGUAAAGGAUACAACAUCUGGCCAGCCAGGGCAGUGUGGGUGCUACUGUGACUCAACUUAUUGUUUACUGGUGGAAGAGGAACAGAAGCAGCAACAGGCAGACAGACAGAUAGCCAGACAUGUACUGCUCUGUCUGCUUCUCACUGUUAGCCUUCUGGCUAAUCUCUCCAGUUGCCUCUGGUGGCUCUUCAGUAAUGUUCCAGGCAGACUUUACUUAGAGCUGCAGUUUUUCUGUGCUGUGGUCAACUUUGGACAGGGUUUCAUUUCAUUUGGUAUAUUUGGUCUUGACAAACAUUUAAUCAUUACUCCAUUCAAAAAGAGAUUAGCAGGUCUAAGACAGAGUCUGAGUCAGGAGACGGUAAUCACCUCUGCUGUGUCUGAGGAGAUCAGACUCGCCUGUACUCAGUUCCUCAAGUACCAUAAAGAACAGUGUGUCCAGGACAUUGUUCAGAAGAGGAGGUGUGGUGAGAACAGAGUAGCACACGCGUUUCUUGGCAGUGAAAUGGUGCAGUGGUUGCAGACUGUUGGACUGGCCAGUGACCAGGGGGAGGCGCUGCUGUAUGGUUCUCGUCUGCUGGAGGGUGGAGUCAUUCACCACAUCACUAAUGACUAUGGGUUUCAAGAUGACAAUCUGCACUACUGUUUUACAGAAGGCCAUGUGGCUAAUUUAUGUAGCCGGACGACAAACAACUGAUACUUGUUCAAGCUGGUGAACAUAAGCCAUAGAAGCACAGUAAGGCUAAAUGUACAACCCAAAAUCAGAAAAAGUUGGGACAAUAUGGUAAAUGCAAAUAAAAAAUGCAGUCUCUUACAUGUAUUUAUUUUACUAGACAGUAUAAUCCCAAGACAUUUCAUGUUUUGUCUGGUCAAAUUCAUUUCAUUUGUUAAUAUAUAUUAAUUCCUGUAUUUUGGGUCUGCAACACAUUCCAAAAAAGCUUGGACAGGGACAAUUUAUUUCUAGUAAUGAGUUAAAAAUACUAAAUAAUGAUGUGAUUUCAGACAGGUGAUGUCAAUAGGUGAUUGUAAUCAUGAUUUGGUACAAAAGCAGUAUCUAUGAAAGGCUUUAUAUGCAUUUUCCAUACUGUCCCAACUUUUACUGAUUUGGGGUUGUAUUUUUAAGUUAAACUAGGUUUCUAUUGACUCACUACUAGUACAUUUUCCUGACCAGUUUACCAGUUAAAAGAGGGAUGAAAUCAAGCCGGUGCUUUCUAAAGGGCUAAAUAAUGCUCUGCAUGUUAUGUUACAGUAUACACUGGGCUACAGUGCACUAAAUAAUACAACUUAAAAAGGAGCAAUCACAUCUGGCUUUUGUAGUAUUAGAGGCUGUGUAAUGCCAGGCAUUGGCUUUUUCAUUGGUGGUUUGAGCAAAAAUAAUGCAGGCAGAGAUGACUGGUUCAAUGACAUCACUGUUUCUGUAUCAAGCAGGCUAAAGACUAAGCAAUAUAUUCUCCAGACUCUCUUAUUGCUAAUGAAGCAUGUGCUCCUAUGUUUAUGCCACUCCUUUGAUUCAGUGGAAUGAAGACUGUGUGUCUGUGACAUGCAGGGAUCAACCACGGUCAUCAGCCCAGUUUGUUUUCUUUGUUUUCACAAGUGGUUAGAGAAAGGAAUUAACCUUAUAUGAUAUUAAAUGUCAUGUUGUUUUUCUUUUUUCUUUAAUAAUAUAUUUUUGUAAUAUAUAAAAUGAAAUGUUAAUUAAAUAUUUUUUUUCUGUAUAAUUAAGGUGAUAACCAUUUGUUACAGCAUUUUAACUGGUUACCAUGAUUUAUAAUGUUUUCCUUGCAACACAUUAUGAAUUGAGGGCAUGGAUUUGGAUUUGGUUCUUCCCAUGUCUGUGUGGUUUCUUCCAGGUACUAAAUACUUUAUAUUGCAGUGUCCAGGGUGAAUACCUGCUUUGUGCCAAUGUUAUAAUAAAUAAACAAACAGCAAUACAGAAAUAUUAACCAGGCCUGUCAGCAUUGUACAAUUUUACAAGGCAGUGACACAAAUAUUUAUGAUUGAAGUCAUCAUAAAUGCCAAUUAAACCAUUAUUGCUAAUAUUUCUAUAGUAAUUUAUACUAAUACAUUAAAAUUACUGGUCCUGCCAUUGCAUGAAAAUGUACAAAUGUACAACAAAAAUGAAAAUUAACCUGGGGUGUCCAAACCUUCACAUAAACCUGUAAAUGUUUACAGCUGUAAAUUACAAACCUGCUCUGCUGCAUAUACAGAUUGUUACAGAUGUGUACCAUGAAUGAUAACUAUUGUGUUUUUGGUCAAUAUUGUCUGUCUUUCUUGCUCCCAAGGAUUGUGUUAAUCAUCUGGAUUAACCUUGCAAAAUGAGCAGAACUAAAUUGUGUAAUACUGCAUUUGCAAAGAAAUUAGUUUUGGUAAUGUGCUUUAUUAUUUAUUUUGUUCUAAAAUUGAUGCACUCAAAUAAAAAGUCUAUUAUCGAA